CUUUGCAUGUUUGUGUUAGCAAUAUUAUUGGCCGCAGCAUCUGUAGCAGUAGCAGAUGAAGCCAUGCGCGGCUGCCAAAGCAAGUGCGGGGACAUCAACAUACCAUACCCCUUUGGCUUGACCCGUAAUUGCUAUUUCCAUUAUCGGUUUCUCAUCACUUGCAACACCACUUUCGACCCUCCAAAAGCCUUCCUAACAAAUAGUGCUAUCCCUGUACUCAACAUCUCUCUGCAGGGUCACCUGCGCAUCAUCCAAGAUAUAUCUUAUCGGUAUUACAACUCAUCUGGAUUUACAACCUCAUACUACCCAACCUAUCUCAAUCUCGCAAAAUUUCCCGUUUCAAAUACCAAAAACAAGUUCACUGUCAUCGGUUGCGACGCAGUUGGUGUCAUUAUUGGUACUAGUGGCCAACGAUACGAAACUGGUUGCUUGGCAUUGUGCAACAACAUUACUGAUGUAGUGAAUGGUUCUUGCUCUGGCAUGGGAUGUUGCCAGACCACCAUCCCACAAAAUGUGAGGAAUAACAAUAUUAGUCUUUAUAGCUAUUCUCGUGAUCAACGUCUCUUUGUUUCGGGAUUCAAUAAUGUCAGCUAUGGAUUUGUAGUGGAGGAUGGUUUUUACAAUUUCUCCUCUUCCCAUCUCAACCAUCUAAACACAACUUCUUUUCCUAUUUUUCUUGACUGGUCGAUCGGGAAUCAAACUUGUGAUGAAGCAAAAAGAAAUCAAACAAGUUACGCUUGCAAGGAAAAUAGCGAUUGCUCUGACUCAAAAAAUGGUCCUGGAUAUUUGUGCAACUGCAAUGAAGGUUUCAUUGGAAAUCCUUACCUCCAAGCUGGCUGCACAGAUAUAAAUGAGUGCGAGACAGGGUCACACCAUUGCAAUUCUACUUGUCAAAACUAUCCUGGUGGAUAUAACUGUUCAUGUCCACGAGGAUACACUGGUGAUGGAUGGAACAAUGGUACCAGCUGUAGAGUCAUUCGCAACUCCAAGAAGUUUCCAGUCAUCGUCGUCGUACUGGGAAUCAGUAUUGGCCUCUUAGUUUUACUUCUGUUAGUUUCUUGGUUGUAUAUCGGAGUCAGACAAAGAAAGCUCGACAAACUAAGAGAGAAAUUCUUUGAAGAAAACGGCGGGGGCUUGUUAAAAAGAGAACUUUCAAGACGCGAACUGACAGCUCAAAUAUUUACAGAAGAAGAGCUCAAGAAGGCGACGGAUAACUUCCAUGAGAGUAGAAUACUAGGCAGAGGAGGCCAAGGAAUAGUUUACAAAGGUAUAUUGCCAGAUCAGGGUCCAGUUGCCAUCAAAAAAUCGUCUCGGAUUGGAGAUCAAAGGCAGGUGGAACAAUUUAUUAAUGAAGUGAUUGUUGUCUCCCAAAUUAACCAUCGAAACGUGGUUAAACUAUUGGGAUGUUGUUUAGAGACACAAGUUCCUCUACUUGUUUAUGAGUUUGUCACAAAUGGUACACUCUUCCACCAUAUCCACAAUGUAGAAGACAAUUCAUUGAUUCCAUGGGAGACUCGUUUCAGAAUAGCGAUUGAGACCGCAGGAGCUCUUUCUUAUUUGCAUUCUGCUGCUUCAGUCCCAAUCAUCCACCGUGACAUCAAGUCUGCAAACAUUCUCUUAGACGAUGACCACACCGCAAAAGUCGCCGACUUUGGAGCUUCAAGGCUAGUCCCUUUUGACCAGACAGAAUUAGUCACACUUGUGCAGGGCACUCUUGGAUAUAUGGAUCCUGAGUAUUUGCAUACGAACCAAUUGACUGAAAAGAGUGAUGUUUAUAGCUUUGGGGUUGUCCUUGUCGAGCUACUCACAGGAAAGAAGGCAUUUUCUUUUCGAAAUCCGGAAGACAUGAGAAACUUGGCAAUGUAUUUUGUUUCUGCAAUAAAAGAAGAUCUAUUGGUCGAAGUUCUUGAUCAUCGAGUGGUGAAGGCGAGCAAUUUUGAGCAGGUCAAGGAAGUAGCUAUGUUAGCUAGAAGAUGUGUGAAAGUGAAAGGAGAGGAAAGGCCAAGUAUGAAAGAAGUUGCAUACAAACUAGAAGGACUGAGAGCAGAAGGGGAUCAUGAACAUCAUCCUUGGUUUUCUGAUUUGUACCCAGAAGAAAGUAAAGUCUUCCUCACUAAACCAACCAUUGCUAGUGAUCCUGGUGAUCCUGGCAAUACUUGCAGCAGCAGCAGCAGCACAACUGCGUAUUUUAGCAUGAAUAACAUGGAAAUUGAAGCUGUUAGUGGUAGAUGAUUCAGUUUGUACGUUUCAGCAUUAUGGGAUCAAGUAUUCUAUCGUAGUUUGCUUGUUUAUAUUUGACUCCUGUUUGUUUACUACCAUCUUUUUUUCUAGAUGUAAGAGAUAUGUUGAUGUCAGAAAGAGUAAUCAAGAAAUGGACAAAAUAAUUAGUAUUAGAGCAGGUUUUGCAUAGA